GGCGCGGGGAGGGGUUGGGGGAGGAGGGAAAGCGGCGAGUAAGAUGGAAGAUGAGGAGGUCGCUGAGAGCUGGGAGGAGGCGGCAGACAGCGGGGAAAUAGACAGACGAUUGGAAAAAAAACUGAAGAUCACACAAAAGGAGAGCAGGAAAUCCAAAUCUCCUCCCAAAGUGCCCAUUGUGAUUCAAGACGAUAGCCUUCCCACGGGGCCCCCUCCACAGAUCCGCAUCCUCAAGAGGCCCACCAGCAACGGUGUGGUGAGCAGCCCCAACUCCACCAGCAGGCCAGCCCUUCCUGUCAAGUCCCUAGCACAGCGAGAGGCAGAGUACGCAGAGGCCCGGAGACGGAUCCUAGGCAGUGCCAGCCCCGAGGAGGAGCAGGAGAAACCCAUCCUGGACAGGCCAACCAGGAUCUCCCAACCCGAAGACAGCAGGCAGCCCAGUAAUGUGAUCAGACAGCCAUUGGGUCCUGACGGGUCACAAGGCUUCAAACAGCGCAGAUAAAUGCAGGCAAGAAAGGAUGCCGCUGCUGCCACCAUCGCCUCCUGGAUUGUCUGCCAUGGGUUGCACUGCUGUGGCAGACAUCUGGACUUGAGCAGAGGGAAUAACCUGACUUACUUGCACUGUGAUCCCCCUUGCUCCGCCCACUGUGACCUUGAACCCCAUGCACUGUGACCUCUGCCUCCCCGCCUUCCCACUGUGAUUGGCAUGUUGACAAGGGCUGUCCCAAGUCAAUAGAAAGGGAAAGGGUGGGGAUUAGGGGAGGAGUCGGGGAACCUACCAAGGACUCAGAGUAGAGGGUCAGACAGUGCCACUUGGCCACUUGGGGUAAAGCCAGUGCCAGCAAUAACAGUUUAUCAUGCUCAUUAAUUUGGGAUUUCACAACACAAAUGAGAACUCCCCCACCCACCCCAAGUGCAUGUCGCCAUCACUUAAAAGUAAGUUCCAUUGAAAAUAUCCUUUCUUUUUUUUUUUCUUCCUAUUUUUUGUUUAUACAAAGAAUCUGAUUUGCAAGAAAAAGUGCAUGGAAGGGGUUUUAGCAGUUUAAUGAAUUUUUAAUUGAGAAAGGGUAGUUUAGUAGUCACUUAAAAGAUGUUUCUGGGAAAUUUGCUAGAAACAUUAACCAAUAGGAUUUUGAUGAGCUUAGCUUCUGUAUUCCUACUGCCGCCCAGAAGAGAGGCCGGGCGGGCUCAGGAGCCCCCCAUAGAUGAGCAUCUGUGCCUAAAUCGCCUUCCUCCAGCUAAGUCCCAGCUAAGUUGCCUAGAGAUAGCUCAGAGAGCCUGGGGAGGGGCUGACCCCACGUUAGCAUUGUGAGAGAUGGGGAAAGCAACGGGCUUCCCCUUCCCAUGCCCCUCAGGGUGGGCUGGCUCCCUACCGGCCAGGUUCGCUGCUUCUAGAGGAGGGCACAGAGUGACUUUGGGCUCAGAAAGGCAGUGGUGACACUUGUCCAGUGUUUGCUGUCAGCACAAGCCCAGGAGAGAGUCUGGCUCCGGAACCCCAGGCCUCUGCCUGGAGUGGUCAGAAGGUAGAGAGGCCUGUCCCCUCCAGCAAGACUGGAUGGAAUGCUUAAGGAUCUGUGGCUGGCCGUGGCUCAGAGACUGUACCGGAACAUUGCCUGGUGAAAUGGGUGGGGCUAGAGCACCUGGGAAGCAUCAGAAAGACAAACUUUGCAUUGCAAAGGCAGAUGGCCAACACGUUAGGUUCCUCUGAGGCCCCUUUCCUGAACAGAGCAAGGCUGGCAUGAAGGCCAUUUCUGUCCCUGAGCCUGGAGGUUUGCUUUGGCUCUUGGUGGGAGAGGCUUGAGAGGGCGGCUGUGUCCCACUAGGUGCUCUCUGGCUUUAUGGGCUCCAGUGCACUUGGCCUUAGCCCUCGGCCAGCCUGACGGCCUCCCCUCUCCUGAGCAGCACUCAGGUUUGGGAGUGGGUGGUGUGGGAUUAGGGCAGCCAGAGCAGCCAAGGUGUUGAGCUUUGCAGGAUCACACCACCUUCAGUUCCUCUGGUUGUGCCCUGUAGCAAUGGCCCACGUCAUCUUCCCCAGCACAGCCCUUAGACCUGCCUGAAACCAGGGCCCAUCUGCGAGUGAGCAGGAACAGAGCCUCGGUAUGAGGGCUGGCCACCCCAGGGUAGGAAGGAACUUGGCUGCUAGCUCAGAGUCUAGGGCCCACCCACAGGGGCUAGUGGUUUUGGUUGGAGGACAGACUGUCCUUUCUUUGGAGAAGGGUGCAGAACCCAUGCUUGCCUGGUCCCCUCUAGUGGAAGCCAAGGGCAGGCGGCAUCUGCACAUUGAGAGUUUACAAGAGUGGCUCUCCCAUCUCAGUCUGGCCAAAGAAGGCCCUGCCCACAGUGCACCCGCCUCCCCACGCCCACCGGCAGUCAUGCCUUCGGCCUCCUAGAUGAGGUGGCGGCACCACUAAAGAAGGAAAGAAAGGAAGGAAAACGGACUGGUGUUGGGGGAGGGAGGGCAUGGGAAACGGUUUGGAUUUUGUGUGUGUGUGUGUUUGUGGGGUUUAUUUUUGUGUGUGUGUGUUUUUCCAUUUUUUGUAGUUGUCUAUAACUCCAUAAGUGCUUUUUUUUUUUUUUCUUUUUUCUUUCUUUCUGUCUUUAAGUAAGUUGCAGGCUUUGGCUUGGAAAUCCCCAGGGGGAUAAAGGGCAGGAACCUGAGGCUGCUGCCCCUUUGUCUGCCUUCAUGGUACUGUCCUGUCCCCCAGCUCUUCCUGGACCCCAUGAGCCAGGCCUCAGCCCUUCCAGCUAACCGCUUCCCAUGAGCCACUACUCUGAUGUCAGCCUAUAACCAAAGGAGCUGGGGGUCCGGGUCUGGUGACCAGCCCUUCUCAGUCCCCUCAAUCAGGGUGCUCCCCACCUGCAGGCAGGAGGUAACACCCUAUCUGCUGCCAUCAGCCCCUUCCAGAGCCCACCUGUCCCGCCUAGCCCUGUCCUGCCCUGCCAUACCCUGCUAUGCCCCAUCUGGGGGUGCUGUGCUCAGGGAUGGGCCGGCAGGGCUGCAUCCAGUCUCCCUGGUAAGCAGAGACUCAAGAAAACCUCUGGGGUCCUGCUUCUGGUCAUAUGGCCCCAGGGGGGGACCCUUGGGCAUCUGUACAGAAGGGACUGGGAGGGAGGCCGCACCCUGCAGUCUUGCUCUGCUGGUGUAGCAGGCAGCUCCUCACCCCAACCCCCACCGCGGGCUCCUGAGUCGGCAGAUUAAGCAUUUUAUAAAUUGUAUUUUAAAUACAUGUUUUAAACUUGUCA